UGGCUUCUCCUUCUCUUGUUCUUAGAUCCCACCAAGGCAUGGGGUUUGCAGAACAGGUUCUAUAGGAGGAGUUGCCCUGGUUUAGAGGUUAUUGUCCAUAGAAUUGUUGCUAAGUACAUUUCUAGAGACCCCACUCUUGCUGCCCCUUUGUUGAGAAUGCAUUUCCAUGAUUGUUUUGUUAGGGGAUGUGAUGGUUCUAUACUAUUAAGUUCUACAAAGAAUAACCAAGCCGAGAAAGAAGCAAUCCCAAAUCAAACCUUAAGAGGCUUUCAAGUAAUUGACGCAGUAAAAUAUGAAUUAGAAAAAUGUUGUCCUGGUGUUGUUUCCUGUGCUGAUAUAUUGGCCUUAGUAGCUCGAGAUGCAGUUUUAAUGAUUGGAGGACCAUUUUGGGAUGUUCCAACUGGACGCAGAGAUGGAACAGUGUCAGUUUCUACAGAGGCUUUAACACAGUUACCAUCUCCUUUCGCUAAUAUAACUCAACUUAAACAAAAUUUUGCUGCUAAGGGUUUAAGCGUAAAGGACCUUGUUGUUUUAUCAGGAGGACACACCAUUGGAAUAGGGCAUUGCUUUAUAAUCUCAAACCGGUUAUACAAUUUCACUGGCAAAGGGGACACAGACCCAUCAUUAGAUCCAAAAUAUGCAGCUCAGUUAAAGAAAAAGUGCAAGCCAGGAAACACCAAGACAAUAGUAGAAAUGGAUCCUGGAAGCUUUAAAACCUUUGAUGAAGAUUACUACACUAUUGUCUCUAAAAGAAGAGGGCUCUUCCAAUCUGAUGCAGCUCUUCUUGAUGACUUUGAAACUAGAGCUUAUGUUAAACUCCAAUCUCUUACUCAUGGAUUGUUUUUUGCUCGCGAUUUCUCUGAGUCAAUGAUGAAACUAGGUCAAAUCGGAGUUCUCACUGGUAAGCGAGGUGAAAUCAGGAAACGUUGUGCUUUUGUAAAUUAG